AGUCAACUGGCUGUAUAGGCUUGUAUAUAAACGACUGCUACCACCACUUGAAUCCACAGUUGACCAUUACCUCCACUACCGACUUGUAUUCAGCGCGAAUCAACAUGCAGAAGUUUACGAUAUCGAUGCUGUGCUUAGUAGUAUUGAUUGGGCUAGUGCUAGUCCAUCACGGGGCUGAGGCGAAGAAAAAAGAAAAAGGUAAAGGUUCGGGUUACGGUGGAGAUUACGGUAGCGGAGGAUAUGGAGGAGGAUAUGAAGGUGAUCAUAAGCCCCACAAGCCCCAUAAGCCUCACCACAAACCAAUUUUCAAACUGUUCAAGCCUCACCAUAAACCACAUAAUAAACCACAUCACCAAAGUGGAGGAUAUAGCACUUACUGAGCGUCUAAUUAACAGAACCGGAACAUGCAUAAUAGGCCUAUCUGGCUAACAAAAUGUUGAUUAAGAAAUUGUAUUUCUUUCUUGUAUACAGAGUUUAUCGCCGUACCCAUAAGUAAUUAACGAUUUGUAUCUCAUUUUCAUUCAACUCCUGUCCUCACUAUUAUACGCAAGACGAAAAUACAUUGUCUGAAUACGAAA